AUGAAUGGUUAUUAUCGGAAUGGACCACGUUUUGAUCGUAUCGAUCAAGAUGAAGUUCCUGAAAGCAAGCACACCGUAUUUAUUAGAGGCCUUCCUGGACAUAUUAAAACGGAUGAAGUGAAGGAUUUUUUCGAAGACCAUGUUGGACCAUGCUCAUUUGACUUUAUCAAGCUUUCACAGGAUCAACUGAAACUAUUUGUGGCCGUUCGUUUCGAAACGCGCGAUGCUGCAAAAGAAUGCAUGCACAAAUACAAAGAUGGUGAUGUUCUUGGUUACCCAGUUGAAAUGACGUGGUUUCGGGAUAUUCGGCGCUAUGUGUCAUAUCAACAAAGUCAAGGUCUUCGACCUGCUAAAAUUCUUCGUAAUCGUGGUUAUAGUGGUCGCAAUCGUACUAGCUACGAUCGUUCGUCAAGAAAUGAUUAUAGAGAUGAUGAUGAUUAUGAUAAAGGAAGCAAAAAAAAGUGCGCUUCAUCAGAUGAUGAAGGCUCUAAAAAGUCUCGCUCAUCCAGUUCGUCACGAUCACCAAGUCGUGGUCAGCGUCAUUCAUCACAUGAACGUUCAGCAAGCCCUGGUAGUCUCAAAAGUCGGCAUAGUGAAAAAUCUCACCGUUCUCAAUCUCGCAAUUCUUCAUAUUCGGCACCGGCUCAUGAACGUUCUUCCUCAGCUGUCCCACCAGCUCCAUCUCCACAGUUUAAGCGAGAGGCUAUUGAAAAAGGUGAUACUCCGCCACUUCCACCAUUACCUCCUCCACCAAAUGCAAAAUCUGACGAUGUAGAACCAAAGAAAUCGAGCUUGAGUGAUUCGCAGUCUCCUGCUGAACGUAAAUCGCGAAAAUCGAAAAAAGGCAAACGAAAGCGUCGGCGUCGUAGUCCAUCAUCAAGUACACCCAAUUCAGUUAAUGAACACACUUCCGAUGAACUUAGUGAGGGCGAACUUCGGAAAAAGAUUCUAAAGAAGCGAAAAGAAGUUUUGAAGGACAUGGAAGAGGGUUUGAAGCCCAUAGUAAAACCAACUUUGGGAAAAUGGGAAGAACAGGAAGCGGAAACAACACUGCUACAGAACACCACAUUAAAGUUCGGUUUAGAAAGCAUGGAGGAUGUGCCAAAACGAGUUUUGCGUGAUACAGCCCAUCAGUUCCAGUCGUCAAAAAAUGUUAUUUCGCAAACAAAUGCAAGCAUGCUUGAUGGGAUUGGAAUGCAUGCUACAAUGCCCCAAGUGGGAAUUGAAAAUUCAUUUUCCUGCAAGAAAGGAGCCAAAGAAUUAGGGAAACAACUGGAUUUGCCAAAAAGCGAAGCACCAUCAUCGGGUGCGCUAUUUAGCAGUGAUAUUGAUACCUUUUUGGGGAAACGUGAACAAACCGGUCCAAUAAAUGAUCUCAAAAACACACAGACGAGUGUUUUCGGCGCAGCUCGUGGACAACAGUUGAUUUCAUUUUUUGACGAUGCCAGUGAUACGUUGCAGCCUUCUCAAGGAACGCUGCGAUUGAGCUCGCUAACUCGUCAGUUGAAUGCAGAAACAGAACGUGAACGGAAGCUUGCUCGUUUACCACCGGAAGUGCUUACUAAGUAUACGACAAAGAAAAAACAACUUGAAGGGGCAUUUAAAGCAGAUCGUGAAACGUUUGGUUUCGUUACGAAAAUGUUAAUCGAAAAAGAUCCAGGUUUGGAAGAUCGUCUUUGGUUAGCCCUUGCUGAAGCAAUUAAAGAUAUGGAAGAAGCAUUUACUCGAAAAAUGGACCAGUAUCUUGACCAGUUAAUUAUGUUUAUUUCUAUGUAA